AUUAGACUCUGUACUAUUAACUACAUCAUUGCAACCAUACUUUGUGAUGGUGAUGCACUGAACUGUAUUAGAUUGAAAAAGGUUUCUAAUGUUCUGUCCAACCAACUUGCACACUAGGGAAGCAGAGUAUGAAAUCCAUCUUAACAUAAUGCAGUUCAGUAAAGCACCACUAUGACCUCAAUAACAUUAGCUGAAUUAAAACUAAUGAUAAUGUCAAACUGUCUGAUAAAUUUGGUCAAGCUUGAAUUUAUGAGCUGACUCACAUUGUUCUGUAGUAGCUCACCUGCUAAAGUUGCUACAGAUGCAAAUCUGAACUCCGUAGCUAUGCAAAACAAGUGAAAGGUCUAUUUUUUUUUUUUUUUUUUUUUUUUUUUUUACUCUAUUGGCUGCACCUUAAAAGGGAAAGUAAUGAAGGCUUAUUUGUAGGUUGUCAAGUCUCAUCCAAAACAUUUGUACAACAGAAGUGCGAUUAACUGCAUAUAUGUAAAGAUAUUCAGCACUGUUAUGGUGGUGCAGCAUAAUACAUGUACACUGAGUUGCCUGUCUCUUUGGCACAGCCUGAGUCUGUGCUGGGGCCAGUGUAUCUGCAGAUAUUAUGGCAUUGGCAAGUAUGUUGGCCAAUAAUUUUCAAGACACAGCAGUGAUGUAAUAUUUGAGGUUGUUAAGAAAUAUUGUCCACUAUUUACACAUUUAAAAUUCACAUCUUGGUCUCAAUUCUUAAACACAUUUAAUGGAUCCUUACAGUUUGACUUAAAAAAAAAAAAAAAAAAAAAAAAAAUCCGAAUUUUCAAAACUUUAAUUUUUCUUCUUCAAAUCUAAAACUGUUGGUGUUCAGUAUUUGUUGGCGCUGUCAGAGAGGUGUUGAUUUGACUGGUUAUUUUCAAGAUGCCAUGGUAAGUGGUGGCCAAGUUAAAUUUUCAAUAAAGUUUCUGUAUUAAUUUCUGAUGGGGCACCAUUUAUAAUGGGCUUAUAAACUGUAGCUAGUGGUUUGAUUAAUGUUAAUAAUUUACUCAUACUACAUUGAUCGGUUAUAAGCCACCACUAAUAACUCUUGAGUUGCCAAGUUGUUGAAAUCCAACACUUUUGUUUUAGUAAACUCUUUAAUCCAUUAGGGAGCCCCUUCUAAUGGAUUGUUUAUCAUUAGUGCAGUACAUAAGGAGAAUAAAAAAAAAAUCAAUUUACAAACAGCUUAUUAACAUUUACAACUAGGGAUUUGAUUGAUUGUUGAACCCGUGAUUUAUUACCAUUUAAAAAUUAAAGGUGAUUGACUAACUUUUGGUAAUGGCUCAUUUAGAAACUGAGAAUCGAAAAACUGAUUAUUAAAUUUUCAACCACUGAAUCAUCCAUAAAACUGCAGUAUUUCUACAGAUGGUAGUUUACAUUUUCAUGAGCGUCCUCUCUAGUUUAUGUAUAAUUUCACGGGUACUUCUUCAUUGUCUAGUAGUUGAGCCAGACCUCACCUGAAGCUACUAGUACAGUGUAAUGGUUUACAUGUGUCUUGACUGUGCUUACAGACUGAGCUCACAGAGAGGAAAAAGAGGAGGAGGGGGGUGUUUCAGCUUGGUUGGUGGGGGGAGGGGUUUUACAAUCAGACCAGGCAGGAAGAGACCUGCGUGUUCACAUUUUGGCGUAAAGACAUGAAAGACCCCUGUGGUGUUGGGGCUCUUCUACUCCUCUAAGUGACUGCCAUUGUUAUUAGAGAAUCGUUUAAAAAACACAUUACUGUGUGAAACCCUAGAGAAACAUUUUUUUCACAAAACAAGAGCGACCCCCACCCCUCAAGAAACUAGGGUCAAAGUUCACAGGAAGCUGGGGGGCUGCCAUUUUUCCCUGCUGCUACUGCUAACGUUUAACGUUAGAUGCUAAAACCGACGGGGAGGGGCGGUUGGUUUUGGAUUUUGUAGCUAGCUGGAAUCAACUGAUCGAAAUCGUUAUAUAUAUAAUCCGCCAUUCCUCCGACCGUUGCUGCAAACAACCAUCGUUAUUGGAUGAAUUCGGCAUGGAGAAAGUAGCGGAGCCGUCUUGGACUUCUUCGUACACCUACCAGGUGAGCAAGCACAGUGCGGAGAUGCUACACAACCUCAAUGUUCAGAGGAAAGAUGGAGGCAGGUUCUGCGAUGUGGUCUUACGCGUCGGCGAGGAGAGCUUCCCUGCCCAUAAAGCGGUGUUGGCCGCCUGCAGUGAGUAUUUCGAGUCGGUCUUCGGCCGCCAGACUGAGGGCGACGGCGACGCCAAGGAGCUGGAGAUGCACACGAUCAGCCCGAAAGUUUUUAAAGACAUCUUGGACUUCGCCUACACCUCCAGGAUCGUGGUGCGACUGGAGUGCUUCCCGGAGUUGAUGACAGCUGCCAAGUUUCUGCUGAUGCGGUCGGUCAUUGAGAUCUGUCAGGAGGUCAUCAAACAGUCCAACGUGCAGAUCCUCGUCCCGACCUCUCGGGGAGGAGACGCCAGCCUUUUCCAGGCCACGGGCGCCACGGAGCUGGGUUUCCCGGUGGCACAGCAGGAUGUGGUAAACGGAACGGGAAUGCUGGUGAACGGUCAGAGCUUUGCUAACAAUGCGCAAAUGCAUGUGGAGGGGAGCGAAGACGCCGCCGCCGUUUUACUCGAGGACGGCGGCGAGUCGUCGGUGCCAAUGUUAGAGCCUGUCGAAGGGCUGUCGGUUUCCCCAUCAACGGAAAUAACGGGGAACACGCUUCAUCACGACGCUGGUUCCCCAGGGUCAAAGAGGGGCAGGGGGAGACCAAAGAAAGCAGGUGGAGUGGUGGAGGCUGUACACUUCAAUCAUAGCACCCAGAAAGACAAUGAGUUGUUUCCUUGCGGGACUUGCGGUAAAGCUUUUACAGAAGCUUCCCGCUUGAAGAACCACGAAGCGCAACAUGGAGCCUCCACUGGCGGUGUAAACAACGUCGGUGACAGCCUGUCAACGGCGGGCGGUAUUUCUUUAAUAUCUCACCCUGGUCUGGUGGAAAACGGCUUGCAGUUACACGGAGGGCUGACGCUGGAUAACGGUCGCAAACGGGAGAGGACCAGGCGACACGUCGGCUGUGACAUUUGCGGGAAAGUUUUCCGCGACGUUUACCACCUGAACCGACACAAGCUUUCCCACUCCGGGGAAAAGCCGUACGCGUGCCAUGUGUGCGGGCUCCGGUUCAAACGCAAGGACAGGAUGUCAUACCAUGUGCGGUCCCAUGACGGGUCAGUCGGAAAACCGUAUGUGUGCCAAAGCUGUGGUAAAGGGUUUUCAAGACCCGACCACCUGAAUGGACAUAUCAAACAAGUUCACACAACAGAGAGACCCCACAAGUGCCAGAUUUGUAAUGCCUCUUUUGCUACAAGAGAUCGCCUCCGGUCACACCUUGCAUGCCAUGAGGACAAAAUCCCCUGCAAAGUUUGUGGCAAGUUCCUGCGUGCUGCCUACAUGACAGACCACCUCAAGAAACACAGUGAAGGAACACAUAACUACUGUGGCAUUUGCAACAAAGGUUUCUCCACUGCGUCCUACCUUAAGGUGCAUAUAAAGACACACCAUGGCUCUCCACUGCCCCCUUCUGCCACAAUGCACACCUUCCCUGAGCCAAGGGGGGGACUGCAGAUGCACAACGGCACCCCUUACCACAUGGGACGCCAGUGCUCAGUGGAAGACCUGUGCGCCAGUCGCCAGCUGCUUCUCACCUCGUCUGAGGCAGAGGGGCGCUUUCAUGGGCUCUCUGGACACCCAGUUCUUCCCCAGCCUGGCCCUCCAGCCUUGGGCCUGCAGCCUGAGCUGCUCAUGGGGAAGCCAGGUGGGACUCCAUAUUUCUGGGAGUGUCGCUCUGGUGGGGUUCCUGGCUUCCCCGUCCAUGGGCCUGUCGCAGACGGACAGGAAAACGCUGGGAAAUGUCCUCAUCUGGAAUCCGAAGAAUCAGAUCCUUCAUUUGGAGAAUUGCCCAACGGUGAUGAGCUUAAAUCUCCACACAAACCUGAAAGGCCGGAGCUCGAGAUGCCCUCUUUAGCCUGUAACGGAGCCUCUGCCGGGUCACUGGGGUCCCCAGAGGGAUCCAAAGCCAAGACGGACCCUGAGAAGAAGUUUACCUGCGGGAUCUGUGGUCAGGCCUUCCGCACCAAGUCCUACCUCAACAAGCACCAGCACAGAGUUCACAAAGCCCAGAAGGCCCAGGGGGUUUCAGGGUCUGGCUUAAGUGAGCUGGCCCCGUCCCUGACCUCUCCCUUCUCCCCUCAACAAAACAUGUCUCUGCUCGAGUCCUUUGGCUUUCAGAUUGUCCAGUCUGCUUUUGCCUCCUCACUGGUAGAUGCUGAGGCAGGUCAAAGUGGACUGGACUUUGGAGGGAAGUGACAUAUUUCUAGAGUUGUAAGAAAGCUUCUCACUUGUUGGACAAAGCCGGGUUGCCCACAGAAGAUGCUCUGUAUUUGGGAAUAUCUUUGCCUCAAGACUACUUUUUCUGUUUGUCACGUUGCUUAAUGUGUAUCCAAUAUUUUUGUCAGAGACCGCCAUACGAUUCCUACUUUUUCUACUUUUUCAGAGUAUGAAAAGUGAACGGUGUUUAUAUUUUCUCUGUAAAGAAAUGACAUGAAGGUUUUAUUUCCUUUAUCUGACGUGGAUCUGUUGAAGUUAUGUUUGGUAGGCUUUCAGUUGAUUUUGGCUUGUGUGUUAUUCUUAGCUGCACAUAUGUUCUUGACAUGAGAUGAAUUAUUUAGUGCAUUCUUAAAAUGAGAAAUGUGUUGUCUGUUGCCCACUUUAACUGCUCUGAUGUACUUCAAUCAACCCUUGGCCAUUACAACAAUUUUUAAUGUUUCAUAUUCCUUGUUCCCCUAAAGGCUGUAGACAGACAUCUUUACAUCAGAGCAACAAGAGGGCUGAGUUCUGUAUUUAUGUUGUUCUGUGUCUUUUUAAGAGGACUUAGUUUUUCUUAAGGACAGGGAUUUAAAUUGGCCUCAAUUUUGAUAGCAGGUUUUGUUUGGAAUCUGUUAAUUGUGAAUAACUUACAAUAUUCCCAACAGGCCCACGGCAUAUUCAUCACUUGUUUAUUAUUAUAAGUAACGACUUUGUACGAAAAGAGUCAGUUUAAGGGCCGCCGAGUAGCACUGAUAGUUGUAAACAAGCUUAAGAAAUUACUAAUGACAGGAUUGUAGUCGACAACAGACAGUUAAGAAGCACUUUUGAACAGGUCAUUAAAACUUAAAAUUUGAAUUGUUACAGCAUUCACCAAGCGCAGUUUGCAACAUAAAAGCUGCCAAAAAGGAUCUCACCUAAAACAAAUGAAUAAUUAAGCUACCUCAUAAGAAAUUAACACCAUUGUGCUUUGUUGAUCAUAGCUUAAUCAAGCUUAAUUUUUCUGCUAACUUCAUUGGAUUAAGAGAAAAGAAAAAAAAGUCAUAGUUCAGAAAUGAAAAAAAAAAUGUAUUUAAAGCCCCAAUAGCACCUAAGCUUUUUUUUCUCAGUAUUUUUAAGAUCCCAAUCUUGAAGUGCAGUCAUACUGAUAAAGCCACCUGGCUUUGACGAUUGUUACCAUUAACCCAAGUGGUUGUGAAUCUUAACCAGAAAGCAAUGGUACACUGAUGUGACAGCUGACAAGAUGUGCAAAUCUACUGGCAGCUCACUUGGAUGUGAAAAGCCCAUCAUCAUUUUUUGAUUUGAUGAUUUGUAAAAUGAAUUAUUCAUAUGAAAAACUGCAAAAGUAAGGAGAGGAAAGCCAUUUAUUAUUAUGAUCUAUACUGUGUACAGGAAUAUUUUUUAAAUGAAAUUUCUUUGUUUUUUUAUCAUGUCAACAUAAAUUUUGAGUCAAAAUCAGUCUUGAAAUAUGCCUUGAGCUUGUUGGGAAUUAGCUUUGUAUUCCCCCCCCCGCACGCCCCGACAAUGACAAUAUUUCCAAGUAUUGUUUGUUAGGUAUUAAACAGGGACCAAGGUCAGGUAUAUUUUCAGUAUAUAUUUUGAGAAAUGUAAAUUAUAUUUUAUUAACUUAUUCAUGCCCUCAUUUUUGUGUACAGUUUUUUUUGAUAGUCAAACAAAAAUCUCGUGAUUUGCUCAUUUUGGUAAUUUUUCACUCUAAAUUAUGUUAAAUGGAGUUGUGGGGUUUUUUUGUGUGUGAGUUGUGCAGCAGUUAAGGGGUUAGAGGAAGGAUUCACACCCUGAUCUACCAGCCUCUGGACCGACCAAACGUAAUGCAACUUUUACAGAGUCAAGUAAUUAAGCUCACUUAAAUUCUCCAGUGUCUCUUCAUCUUCAUCACGUUCACGUCUUGUAUUGACCACCCCCCCCACACACACACACACACACACACACACACACACACACACUACCAUCACUCCCACCACCACCAACCGCAGUAUCAGAGUUGCUUGUGCUGAUGUGUAGAUGACACAGUGUUUGCAUUAAUGGCUGCUCAGUUAAUGCACAAGCUAUUCAUCUUGGUUUCUUACAGUGAAAGUGUUUAAUUCAAACUGGGCAAUCCAAGACAUUCCUCUGAAACUUAAUUGAACAGUUUUUAUACUUAAACCCAAUAGGGUGUUAUUGAUUAAAAGAAAGUAUAUAAUUUGAGUUAAAUUCAGUUAAGGGCUGCAGCUAACUGAUUAUUUUUCAUUAUUGAUUAAUCUGCAGAUUUUGAAUCAAGAUGUCCAUUACAUGUAGUAAAAAAAAAAAAAAAAAAAAAACGACAAAAAAAACAAACAGUUAAAUUAGGUUAAAAAAGACAUUCAAUUUGCUUUAUCUGUAUGGCCAACAGUCCAAAACCCAAAGAUAUUCAGUAUACUGUCACACAAAGAAAAGCAGCAAACUUUAUUAUUAUAAAAACUGAAACCAGAGAAUGUUUGGCUUUUUUUCUGUUAUAUAAAUAGUUGCCCAUUUAUUUUCUAAUUUAAUGGAUUGAAAGGAUGAAAGUUUCAUUUUAAAGAAUAAAAAAAGUCUGAUUCUUUUCACAGUCAUGACAUACAGUACUCCCUCUUGGUUUUGUAUAUAUUGAAACAGAUCUACACUAUGUUGAAAAACACAAUUGCAAAGUACACAAUAUAAGAUUUAAUUAUUGGAUGUCAUAAGGAAUUCUCAUACAACACACUCAUCAGCUGAUUAAUAUAUAUUUCACAGGUUGAUGUUGUUUCAUUUUGUUGUAAAACUCCCAACAGUGAAGGGGCUGUGUGUGUGUGUGUGUGUGUGUGUGUGUGUGUGUGUGUGCGUGCGUGCGUGCGUGCGUGCGUGCGUGCGUGCGUGCGUGCGUGCGUGCGUGCGUGCGUGCAGGGGGUGAGUGUUGACUAAAAAGAGAGUGUAUACAUGUGCUCUCUGUGUGUUUUUGUCUCUGUGUUUGAUCUGUGUUUCCUGCUUUUUGUUUUAAUUAUUAUUUGUUAUUAAUUUUGUCUGUUAAAUUCAGUACAUUCCUAUAUUAUUUAUGGUUUUAUUGUGAUUGUAACAAGUGUAUAUACCAUUCAUAUACACAUUCUAUAGAUAUAUAUAUAUAUAUAUAUAUAAAUAUAUAUGAACGAACCAAUAUGAUCAGUGUUUGUCAAUGGUGGUCCUGUACAUAUAUAGAUUUUUGUUCUUGUCUGUUAUGUGGAGGGGUGUUAAGUUAUGGCCGUUUUGAUUGAGUGUAAACUGCAUGUUCUGGCAUGCGAGCUGAGCUGGGGACUGAAUGUCGAUCACUGGUUGGUGGCAGUGAUACUUUCACUGGUCACCGUACUGUCACUCUGCUCUGGUAGCGCUCACACUGCCAGCUGCACGACUCACGUCUUUGACCAAGUUUUUUUUUUUGUCUUUGUUUUUCCUUUUUUGAUCCACUCUGCACUAGUAUUUCCUCCUUGAAAGGUAAUAAGGGUUGUGUUGUUGUUGUUGUUAUUAUUAUUUGAAAUCAAGUGGAAGAUACUGUCGGGAAGGAGUGUUUUCACUGGGAUGUAUGAUUUUGUUUCACUCAUGUUGGUACUCAAGUGUAAAAGAGUUUUCAUGGAUAAUUUAGGCCUAAAUAUUUUUGCUUUCUGCUUUUGGUCUGUUGCAAAGUGCCUUCCAAAUACUGAUUGUGCACAGCAGUGGAUUAAAAAAGGUCCUCUUUUCUAAAAGUUGAUAAUUGUACAGAGUGGCUUGCAUUGACACUUUUGUAUAAAAACACACAGAAAAUGUACAAUAUGUUAACUUGGUAUUUUAUCAUCGUACUCAACAAGAUUGCUCUUAAAACGUGAGCUACAUGUUUUGUUAUAAGGUCUUUGGACAUAUUUCAAUAUAAGCAUACUUUUCUAUAGAUAUUUGUUUUUGUACUCUGUUAUUGGGUCUCAUCUCUUGUUGGUACAGAGAUGGGCAUCAAAUAAAUUGCAAUUGAAAAAGCUCCUAA